AUGGCUUGCUUUACGUACCGUACUUGGAGAGAUGUGUGCGUGGAGGUCAGCCCGGACAGUGAAGGGACGGGAGGGGGUGUAUCCAUCGAGGAGUUCAGACAAUGGCUGACAGUAUCCCUCGAUAUCCAUGGCCACUCGUACCCUGAGUCUAUCAUCGAAACUGACCAAGGUGACCUGAUUAUUGACCCGAGAUUUCGCGGUAAGACCUUUCUGAAAGGGCUUCUACUCCCAGCUUCUGUUCUAGAGGCACGGCCAUUCGAGCUUAGUUACAACUUUGUCCAGGGCGGAGUCAACUGUGACAGGCAGCGAUUAGUGAGUCGGUAUGAACAGGCCGAUAUGGUGCGACGAAUCUGGGAAUCUGCUAUCCGCGAAAACGAGGCCUUGACGCUUCCAAUUUAUGUUAAUCUACUGCGGAACUUCCCCCGCGCGCCAGACAUUGAGCUCGCUGAUCAGCUUCUGGACCAUCCCACGCGAUUUCAUAUCUGGAAAUAUCUCAUGAAGGAGGCAGGCGAUGAAAAAUUCUACUUCUGUCAAAAGACUGGUAGUCAGGUAAGUAAAGCUAAAGUAAUACGUUCUUAG